CCAAAUAUGGCGGCUUGAAGUCAGUGAAAUUUUGAAGAUUUGAAGUUUUUAACUUUACAGUAAAAUAACUUCGAAAUGAGGGGCAAAAGAUCUCGUACUUCGUCUGAGGCGUCAAGCUCUUCAUCUCAGCCUGUGAAAAAACUUAUUAAAGCAAGCGUUAAUGCAGACGAUGAGUCAAAAUUAUCGAGAAUUAAACCGGUCUCUACCGCUAGUACGAACGCGGUUGCCAAUGGAAGUGAAGUAAAAAGCGAGAUAAAAAGCGAGGUAAAAAGCGAGGUAAAAAGCGAGGUAAAAAGCCAGUCUUAUAAAGAUGAAGAAAAGUUUAGAAAAGCAUGCCAAACGAUACAAAGUUUGUUUGAACAAAUGAAGGCGCUCAAAGAGCAGGACGUUGAGAAAACAGUGAGUUUUAUAUAAAUAUUUUGUCUUUGAUCACUGAUGUUUGAGCAUCAAAUUCAAAUGCAAAAAUUAUAUUUAUAUGGAAAACCCACUUAUAAGUUAUUUGCAUUUGUGCAGGAUCCUAAAUUGGACAGUCUCAGGAUGCAAUGUCUGUUGUCAUUUGUCACUCUCAAGAAAUGUAAUCGUUCUGCUCAAAUACGGAAUAAACAAGCACGAGAGAAAACACAUGAGGUAAUAAUGAUACUUAAUCAAUGAAAUCGAUAAUCGAUGAGUAUCGAUAUCAAUCAAUACCAAUUGAUAUUUAUUAAUUGAUUGAUAUUGGAAAUCGAUGAAUAAUCAAUUGCUUGUUUUGCUGUGACCUUUCAUUGAUUGAUUAUCGAUUUUUUAUUGAUUUUCAUUGAUGAAAAAAUCCUCUGUUUUAAUAUGCAUGCAAUCAAACAGGUAACGCUGUAAUUUAAUUAAUACGUUCUUUAAUGUUGUAAUGAAACAAAUGUGAACAGAAUUCAGUAACAAUGGAUUAAAUUAAGUUUUUAUCUGGCUAUACAGAUCAAAUACGGGAACAGAUUUACUCACGUUGAAAAAUGGGUGCAGAUUUACUUUCGCAAGCAAUACACUCGCCGAUCAAUAACAAUCGAUAAAUAUCGAUAAUAAUCGAUAUUAUAUACCCAUGUACGUGUCUAGUUAAUCCAUUAAGUCGCAUUGCGUCCUAAUGCACCCUACUUUAUUAUUUUACUCUGUCUAACACCAGACUAUUUUACUCAUUGAAGGGGGAUAGCUGACUAUCUGCCCAUGUUUCUAGUUGAUUUGUUAAUUUUGUACUUGCUCCCCAGGCCAAACAAGAAGUUGACAGUCUACAUCUUCAGCUACAGAACUUGCUGUACGAGAUCACACAUUUAAAGAAAGAGAUUAAUAAAUGCCUACAGUUCAAGUAUGUCAACGAAAUUAUAUUUACGAUCAGCUAUAUUAUUUUCUCAAUAUCAGGAUUUUUGGGCAUUUCACAACUACUUACUGUUCAAGGAUCUUAUAGAUGGAAAUUUUACUAUUGUUCCCAGUAAUCUGCGAAACAACCGUUUUUUUAGGCGGUUUGUCAGUGAUAGUUUUGUCAAUUACGAAGGACAUAUUUAUGUACCUCGUGAUCACAAUUCGUUGCAAGCGGCGUGUGAAAAACUGCAAGUUUCAGUUUGACAGUUCUGGCAGUUAAAUGGGUUUUUAAUUUUAUUGUCCAAUCAGGUGCGUAGUUUUGAUUUAAAAUUCAAAACUACGCACCCCGGCAAAAAAUGCCAACCUAAAUCAGACCUAAGUCGGCACGUCUCGGCAUUUUUUAAAUCUGUUUCCAUGUCUUGGAGCACUAGUAAUCACAUAUUUGCGAAUCAUUGAAAUCGGAAUAUAAAGCAUGCCUUUUUCUGCGGAAACACAAACUACAGUAACACGACGGCUUUUCUUUUAGAGUCUUACCUAAAUUAUAUAUAUAGAAUACCCCUAAAUUAUAUAUAUAGAAUACCCGUAAAGUGUGUUCAGUUCGAACUAUGAAUCGAAUUCUAUAAUCGCUGACUUUUUAACAGCAAUCAGCACCAAAAAAUUCUUACUUUGGUUGAAUUAAGGUCAGCAAAAAUUUGCCGACCUGGAAGGUUGAUAGGUCAGCAUUGCCGAAUGCUGACCUUGUUUUCAAGGGCUGUACCAGUGGGCCUAUAGUUGUAUUUUUCAAUGGAUACUGAGCUUUUCAUAUUUGCAGUAGUAUCAAAAUUUUAAAUCUGGUAUAUCAGGAUACUGUGAAUUUCAAGCCUUCAUGACAUUGUUUCUUUUCAACACUAGAUCCAAAGAUCAAGAGAUUGAGUUGGUUUCAGAAGAAGAAUUCUGCAAAGAACAAGGCAAAAAUAAAGUGAGUUAGAUGGAAAAGACAUGCAGUUAUUAUCAUUUUGUGUAUAAGGAGUUUGAAGUAAUGAUUGAAUUAAUGCACUUUUCCAUCAAAGAGUGAAGUUUUAUCAGAGGAUUCCCACAAAUGUAUGUUGGCGAGACUUGAUUGGGAGCUUAAAGAAAGGAAAAGGUAUUAGGUGCUGUAUAGUAAGAACUGUCUCCAUUUUUCUCUUGGGAGACUCCAGAGUCCAGUUCAUGAGUCAAAGAUGUCUCGGGGAAAUAGAACGGGAUAUAUACUGAAGUGC